AUGCGUUUAUUUUGGAUUUUACUUUUAUUCUUUUAUAUAUUUUCAAAUGUUCAUGCUUUAAUGUGUAUCAAUUUCGAUAAAGAGGAGUAUGUAUCUAUGAUUGAUUUCGAUCGAUAUGAAUUCGAACAGCUUGUUGGUCAAUUCGAUAUGGUUGGAAAUCAAUCUGAAUGUCGUAUAAAAAUCAUAGCGGGUCAUGCUGAUCAAACAAUAAUAUUACAGUUUAGUAAAAUACUUCAAUCAGAACGAAUGUCUCCUGGAAUAGUUUAUUUCAACACAGAAAUCAUCUACAAGAAUAAAGAUAGCAUAGAGUAUGUGCACGAACUGUCAACUGUAUGUUCAGGAGUUGAUGGUUGUGAUAAAAGAUUCAUAUUCGAGCAUGUUGAUUGGUUACUUCAAACACAAUAUGAAGAAUUCUUUAAAAUCACAGUUCGACUACUGCAGGGUGGUGACGACGACUUACAAAAAUGUAUCCAGUGUGCUAGUGGUUUUUGUGCUGCUUAUUGGUCAUCAUCCAACGAAAGCUACACUGCUCGUGCCUGUAACAGAGAACCAAAGGCAAUGAUGCAUCUUAUGAAUGAUUUUAACAUGAGAAACUACGAAAAAACUCGCUCUGUGUACUUCUUUUGCGGUUACAAUUAUUGUCACGUUGAUAGCUCAACAAGAAAACUUCGAAUAGCCAUCAAGGACCAUUACGAUCUUUCUCCACUAUGGAAGGUAUUAAGUGCUCAAACUGAAUCAACCACAACUUCGGCAGUUAACUUCACCUUGCCAAAAUAUUCGACUAAAUUGACGACAACGAUCAUUACUACUUCAGCAAAACCAACAGCAUCAGAUUAUGUCAUUCGUACAGAAACUGUCUCUUCAUCUAGUAGCAAUGAGUCUAACAAUGGUAUUACAUGGCAAUCUGAAAACACAAUCAUUAUGACAAGCUUCAAUGCAAUGAUAAUUCUAUACUCAAAAUUUGUACUGUGA